AAAACGUGGUUGAGACGUUUUGUAAACAUCUCGAUUAAAAACACUGUCCCCACACUAAGAGAGUGUCAAAAAUCGAAAUCCUUUCGUGUGGGGUUACUUUAUAGCUUCAAGCCUUAGAAAAUAUCCAGCAGCCAAGACAGAUAUGGUGUUUUUGACCAAUUUUCCACCCCCAACUGAAGGGGUUCAGCUGUUGCAACCCAACACUGUGGCAAAUGUUGGAAAACGAGAAAUGGGAAAUGGGACACUGUACAUAGCGGAAAGCCGUUUAUCCUGGGUAGCUGAAGGAGGUCUUGGUUUUUCCAUGGAGUAUGUUGCCAUAGCAAUCCACGCAAUAUCAAAAGACAGGAGUGCAUUCCCUCAUGACUGCCUGUAUCUCCAAGCAUCCUGUAAGUUGGACAGCGAUGAGGAAAAGAGCGGGUCUGAAGAGGAAGAAGAGGACGAAUAUCCCAUCACGGAAAUCCGAUUUGUGCCACAGGAUCCUACCAAGUUGAAGGAGAUGUAUGAUGCCCUGUGCCAUUGUCAAGCCCUGCAUCCUGAUCCUGAUGAUAGUAAUUCAGAAGAUUCAGAAGCACCGGAAGAGUUUGAAGAAGGAGAUGAUUUUUAUGGCGAUGAACCAGACACAGAAUUCUUAACGAUACAGCAGCAAGCGACGUUAGAUCGAUACGAUAGCCUCUUAGCAGCAGGAGAAGCCGCGCGGGAAGCAGAAAAUGGUACGGCAGAGAAUCAGGUUAAUGGAACCGGUGAUGGAGAAUCUAUGGAAACUGGACAGUUUGAGGAUGCUAAUGACGAGGCAAUGCAAUGAUAUGUCAAAGUGGACUAUUUUUUGUGCUAAAAUUGCACGAUGAUCUAAAGAAUUUUUAUUGCAUGAUGUUAGAAAUAUUCAUCAAUUAAGGAAGUGCAUCCUAAUCCGGAAACAUUCUCAAAUAAGAGCCUGUCACAAACCAAAUACAACAAACGCAGCCAAUUAGGGCAAGUGACUGAACAGAAUAAACAACUUCAUUGGUAACCAAGGGAGAGUCCUCUCGUAUUGAAACUGUUGGUGUAACAUUAACAGUAGUCCUUACAAUCAACUACAGUCUUAAUGGCAUAGACAUUUGUUCUGCGAGUUCUCCAGCUAAAUGUUUUUGGUUCUAGAUUGAUAUAUCCUGAUAUGAUGUCAUUAGAGUUGUAGAGUGCUAUGAAAGUGUAGUAUCAUCAUCCAUUAUGCAUUUACAUAUUAAACAUAAUGUGCUGUUUGUACAAAGUCAAAAACAUUCAUUGUCAUUAAAUUUGUAUGAAUUUUGUAA